GUCAGAGGUCAGAUGCACCCCCAACUCGGAUGAUGAAGCAUGUGAAGAUUGUGAUCCGGGGGGACAGAAACACAGGCAAGACUGCGCUGUGGCACCGGCUGCAGGGCAAGAAGUUCCUGGAGGAGUACAUCCCCACUCAAGAGAUCCAGGUCACCAGCAUCCACUGGAACUACAAGACCACUGAUGAUGUUGUGAAAGUUGAAGUCUGGGAUGUAGUGGACAAAGGAAAAUGCAAAAAGCGAGGAGACGGCUUGAAGACAGAAAACGACCCACAGGAGGCGGAGUCUGACAUGGCCCUGGAUGCGGAGUUCCUGGAUGUGUACAAGAACUGUAACGGGGUGGUCAUGAUGUUCGACAUCACCAAGCAGUGGACCUUCAACUACGUCCUCCGGGAGCUGCCCAAGGUGCCGACCCACGUUCCAGUGUGUGUGCUGGGCAACUACCGGGACAUGGGUGAGCACCGAGUCAUUCUGCCAGACGACGUACGUGACUUCAUCGACCACCUGGACAGACCUCCAGGCUCCUCCUACUUCCGCUACGCUGAGUCUUCCAUGAAGAACAGCUUCGGCCUAAAGUACCUGCAUAAGUUCUUCAAUAUACCGUUCCUGCAGCUGCAGAGGGAGACCCUGCUACGGCAGCUGGAGACAAACCAGCUGGACAUUGAUGCCACGCUGGAGGAGCUGUCGGUGCAGCAGGAGACUGAGGACCAGAACUACAGCAUCUUCCUUGAGAUGAUGGAGGCGCGCAGCCGCGGCCACGCUUCCCCCUUGGCAGCCAACGGGCAGAGCCCAUCCUCCGGCUCUCAGUCGCCAGUCGUGCCUCUGACUGCCGUCUCCACUGGGAGCUCCAGUCCCAGCACGCCCCAGCUGCCCCUGGGCACCCCGUCCGCCGGCCCCCCCACACUGCCCACCUCCCCCGCCCCUCCCAUGGAGGCCUUGCCCCCCACCGCCCCCGCCCCGAGACGCAGCCUUAUCUCCCGGCUGUUUGGGACCUCACCGGCUGCAGAUGGCGGCCCUUCGCCUCCAGAGUCGGCCCAGGCGACAGAAGCCCUAGAGAGAGUUCAGAACGUUGAGGAGUUUGUUCCCGAAGACAGCCUUGACCGGGGCUUCUUGGAAGACGCCACCCUGCCUAGGGAGGAGAAGAAGGCAGGAGCCAAGGCGCCCCAGCAGGACAGCGACAGUGACGGGGAGGCCCUGGGAGGGAACCCCAUGGUAGCAGGUUUCCAGGAUGAUGUGGACCUCGAAGACCAGCCUGGCAGCAAACCCCAGCCCUCGGCCCCUGUCCCCAGUAAGAACAUCAGUCUCUCCAGCGAGGAGGAGACGGAGGUGGCCACAGGUCACCCUGCAGGUGUUGCCCUGGCUCCCCAGCCAUGUUCAGAGCCGGAAACGAAACGCUCCUCCGCCAAGGCUGCGAAGCUGCAAAAGAAGGCAGCUCCCACACACGCAGAAGCACCGCCCCGGCCAGGCGGACGCCCUGCACAGCCAGGGCCCGAGCUGGGCAGCACCAGACCCCCCACAGAGGGCGCCCACCGGCCCCAGGAAGGCAAGGAUAAGCUGGCGUCGUCAUCCGAGAGUGACCUCGAAGGGCCCAUUGCUGCCCAGAUGCUGUCCUUCGUCAUGGAUGACCCAGACUUUGAGAGUGAAGAGUCAGACGCCCAGCGGAGAGGGGAUGAGUUCCCCGUGAGAGAAGACCUCUCUGACGUGACCGAUGAAGAUGCAGGCCCUGCCCAGCUCCCCUUGCCCCCCAAGCCCCCCAUGCCCUCCUUCAGACUGAAGAAUGACUCUGACCUCUUCGGGCUGGGCCUGGAAGAGACAGAACCCAAGGAGAGCAGUGAGGAAGAUAAGAACGGCAAACCACCUUCUAAGGAGAAGAAAAAGAAAAAGAAGAAGAGCAAAGAGGUACCAGUCCCAACCUCUCCUGCCCUGCAGGCAGGCCUGGGAUCUACCUCCUGGUGGCUCCUAGUGGUUCUGACGCCCCUCUUCAUGCUCCCAGGAGGAAGAGAAGGCUGCAAAGAAGAAAAGCAAACAUAAGAAGAGCAAGGACAAGGAGGAGAGCAAGGAGGAGCGGAAGAGAAAAAGGAAGCCAACUCGCAGCAAGGAGCAGAAGGCCGCUGACGAGCUGGAGGCCUUCCUUGGGGGCGGGGCGCCCAGCAACCGCCACCCUGGGGGUGGGGACUAUGAAGAACUCUAGGCCUGCACCUGGCAGUUGACCAGCCUGCCCGCGGUCCUGCCACCUCCUUCCAGCCACUGUCUUUGUCCCCAUGUGGCCUGAUCCACUUUGCAUUCACUUCCAUGCUGGGCAGGACCCGAGGCCAAGCUCUGGGGGUCAGGCCCAGGGGCCGGGCACUGCGCGUGCCGGGCCUCCACCCAGCCGGAGCCUGCUCUGCAGGGAGGGAGGGGACAGCUGGGCCGCAGGUGGCCUGGUGGACCAACCUGGCCCUCCAGGCAGAAUGCAGCCAGUCCCCAGCGUUUCUCAGGGAUGUGUCAGGCCGAGGAGGGACCCCAGAGGGUCUGUUUACAGAGAUGGCGCGGGGCUGCUUGGCUUCUCAGAUGUCCACCACCCAGCCCCGCACCUGCUUGCCCUCCCGAGCUGUCCCAGGGCCCAGCAUGCCCACAAGGCUCUGCUUCCCACCAGUGGCUUGGGCGGUGGAGCCCCAGCUCCGGAGCACAGGUGAGCCCUGGCAGAGGCCGGCAAGGCCCCCGCAGCAGCUCCUGUCCCGCAAGGGGCUCUGUCGGUCUCAUGGGAAGAGCCAGGCUGGCGCAGGGAGGCACCUUCGCAGACACUCCACCCAGACUAUAAAGCUCUUGGGUUUUACCAA